CUUUGGUCACAUGGCUCAGCACAGCCAAUCCUUCUUAACUGCCUUCCUCUUUCACGCCGUCCCAUUGCAACGUGGGUAGUAAGUUCUCCUUGGCGUCCGAGUCGGCAGCCUUUUUCUACCAUCAAGGCACUUUGAGCACUCUAAAGAACUACAGAUGUCGAAAAAACUCGGAUUUGCAGAGAACUUUGCUCUGUCAGGCGCUGCUGCUGUCAUUUCGAAGACAGCUGCUGCUCCCAUUGAGCGUGUGAAGCUGCUGGUACAGAAUCAAGAUGAGAUGAUCAAAGCUGGGCGUUUGUCAGAGCCAUACAAAGGGGUAAUUGACUGUACAGUCCGCACUUUCCGGACUGAGGGUAUUUUGCCCUUUUGGCGUGGUAAUCUGGCUAAUUGCCUACGUUACUUCCCAACCCAGGCCCUCAACUUUGCAUUCAAAGAUACCAUCAAGAAUACCUUCAAGACCAACCCAGGCGAAUCUUAUGCCAUUAAAUUCACCAAGAAUAUCUUCUCAGGAGGGGUUGCUGGAGCUCUGUCGCUGUGCUUUGUCUAUUCCCUUGACUAUGCACGUACCCGUUUAGCCAAUGAUGCCAAGGCUGCUGGAAAGGGAGGCGGUGAACGUCAGUUCAACGGUCUGAUUGAUGUCUAUUCCAAGACCAUAAAAUCAGAUGGUCUUGUUGGCCUGUAUCGUGGCUUUGUCAUCUCAUGCGUGGGCAUCGUCGUGUACCGUGGCUUUUACUUUGGCCUGUACGAUUCCCUGAAGCCUAUUCUGCUGGGUGACGAUGCCUCUGUCUUCGUCUCUUUUCUUCUUGGCUACGGUGUGACCGUCAGCUCUGGUCUGCUCUCAUACCCAAUUGACACCAUUCGACGACGCAUGAUGAUGACCUCAGGCCAGGCUGUCAAGUACAAGGGUUCCAUUGACUGUGCAAUGCAGAUCAUCAAGAAUGAAGGCUUUAUGUCCAUGAUGAAGGGAGCUGGUGCAAACAUCCUGCGUGGUGUGGCUGGUGCUGGUGUGCUGGCUGGCUUCGACAAAUUCCAGGCUCUAUACAUCCAGUGGCGUCUAAAGAACCAUCGGCUCAUGAGCAGACUGACUGUUAGUAUUAAAAUAUAGACCAUACUGAUGAAUCAAUAGCAGCAGAGUCAUUACAUUUCACUCACGUGAAUUAAAAACUUUUCUUUCCAUCUCUGGCCAUGAAUAGCAGUAUAUUAAUGUCCUGUAAUAGUUGUACAGAGUUCAAAGAUGCGCUGGUGUGUCAAAAGUGUUCCACUUUUGUAAAUUUAUAAUCGGGUUUGUUUAUUCAUCCUUCAAAUUUGUAAGGCAUAGCCACGGAACAUUGAGGUGGGGGGGGGGGUACAUAGAAACAUUGUACAGACGCUUAAACAGCAAGCUGUUUGCAUAGCUUGGAAAUGUGCUCACACAUGCCAAUUUUCAGAUAGAAACAAAAAUAAAUUGAACAAUAAGAUAA